CGUCGUCAGCGUCGUUUUCGUCUUUGACCAAAAUAAUACGGCGUCGUUUUCAUCAAAUCCCAAAGCUCAGCUUAAACCCGCAACGUCAAGGGUUUUAGUUGUAGAAAAGCUGCUUCUUCUCUCUCUCUCAGCCAUGUUUGUGUCAAGAGGUCUCUGUUGCAGCAGAAUCUGGAAUCGUUCUCUGUUUCUCAAACGUUAUUCAAACUUCCGAGCUAGUUUCUCGACCAAACGUAUUGGGACGCACAAUGGAACUUUCCACUGCGACGAAGCCUUAGCUUGCUUCAUCCUUCGUCGUUCCAGUAGAUUCUCCGAUGCUCAAAUCAUACGAACCAGAGAUCAUCAGGUUUUGGAGAAGCUUGAUGCGGCACUUGAUGUUGGAGGUGUGUAUGAUCCUCAGAGUGAACGUUAUGACCAUCACCAGAAAGGCUUUAGUGAAGUGUUUGGCCUUGGGUUCAAUACUAAACUCAGUAGUGCUGGGCUUGUCUAUAAGCAUUAUGGAUUGGAGAUAAUUUCUAAGGAGCUUCAACUUGAUCAGAGACAUCCCGAUGUGUUUCGAUUGUUUCUAGCUGUGUACAAGAACUUCAUCGAGGCAGUAGAUGCUAUAGACAAUGGCAUCCAUCAGUAUGAUACUGACCAGCCUCCAAGAUAUGUAAACAAUACUAGCCUGGGGCAUAGGAUUGGAAGGUUAAACCUAGACUGGAUUGAGCCUGAUCAGUCUAGUGAAAAAGAAGACGAAGCCUUUCAUCGGGCAAUGGAACUUGCUGGCUCUGAGUUUUUGGAGUGUGUUCAUUUUCACGCGAAAUCGUGGUUACCAGCUCGGUCAAUUGUUAUGGAAUGCCUUGCAAAACGGUAUGAUAUAGACUCCAGUGGAGAAAUUAUGAAGCUCAGUAAACAAUGCCCAUGGAAACUCCAUAUAUUCGAGCUCGAGGAAGAAAUGAAGAUUGAUCCUCCCAUAAAAUAUGUUCUUUACCAGGAUGAUAGAAGCGAAAACUGGAGGAUCCAAGCAGUUUCAGUUUCACCAGAGAGGUUUGAGAGCCGUAAAGCUUUGCCAUUAUCAUGGAGAGGUCUAGAAAUGGAGAAGCUCUCAGAGGAAAGUUCAAUCCCAGGCUGUGUUUUUGUGCACAUGAGCGGUUUCAUUGGUGCAAACCGAACCUAUGAAGGUGCCUUGGCAAUGGCAAGAGCCUCUUUGAUGACAUCAUAACCAAAGAUCGGUUAUUUGGUUUGAAGUUUGAACCGGUUCCUAAUCCUAUACACAGAAUCAAAUGGUCAAUAUAUUUAUUUUUAUUUUUUUUGUCGGCCAAAUUAGAUAAAAGAAACAGAGUACAUAAGUGUUUUGACAAUAUAGUUACAUUGUAUUCAGAUUUUA